UCCAAUAAAGACAAUAAAAAAAGGCCCAAAAAAAGCGCCGUUCCGAAUCAGAUUCUAUUUAUUCCCCUCAAUUCCUUCUGCUUGCGGUCGGAAGGCGUCCGAUUCUUCGGAUUCCUAACCCCGGAUUGAAGCCACUCAUCGCCUCGAUCGAGAUCUGCGGGCCUCCGGAACCCUAGAACAGGGAGAUGAGGUAGAUUUUGGUGAUUUCUCCUGGUUACUACAUGAGUCGUAGUAGCAUUUCCAAGAGGCAUAAACUAAAUGCAACAUUACCGUAGUGACAAUAUGGAUGAGAUGGCAGAGGAUUAUGAAAUGGGUGAUGUAGAAGAUGAUAUGUAUGAAGAAUUUCAAGGGAGGGGUCUAGGAGAUUCUGAUUCUGAUGAUGAAGAAUAUGGCUCUUUGAAUGGAAGGGCAACUGAUAUAUCUGCUGCUCAAGCAAGGAAAGGAAAAGAUAUCCAAGGAAUACCAUGGGAUACACUAAAUAUUACACGGGAGAGGUACAGGAAAACGAGAUUAGAACAAUACAAAAACUAUGAGAAUGUUCGAAAUUCUGGGGAAGCAUCAGAAAAGGAUUGCAAACAAACUGAUAAAGGUGGCAUGUAUUAUGAGUUCCAGCGAAAUACAAGAUCUGUGAAAUCAACUAUUCUUCAUUUCCAGCUAAGAAAUUUGGUUUGUGCUACAUCAAAGCAUGAUGUGUACUUAAUGUCACACUAUUCUGUGCUGCACUGGUCUGCGCUAAAUGGUGAGAAAUAUGAAGUUAUGAAUGUUUCAGGGCACAUAGCGCCAUGCGAGAAACACCCCGGAAGCUUGUUGGAAGGGUUUUCUCAGACUCAGGUCAGCACACUGACUGUAAAAGAUAACUUGCUUGUGGCAGGAGGAUUCCAAGGAGAACUUAUCUGCAAGUUCUUAGAUCGGGAAGGAAUAAGCUUUUGCUGCCGGACAACCUACGAUGACAAUGCAAUCACGAAUGCGUUGGAAAUUUAUGACAGUGCCAGUGGUGCUGUUCACUUCAUGUCUUCAAAUAAUGACUCUGGAGUACGAGAUUUUGACAUGGAAAAGUUUCAGCUUUGCAAGCAUUUCCGCUUUCAGUGGCCGGUGAAUCAUACAUCACUAAGUCCUGAUGCAAAGCUUGUUGUCGUUGUUGGAGAUGACCCUGAGGGUAUAUUGGUUGAUGCUCAUACUGGAAAGACUGUCCAUGCUUUGCUAGGUCACUUGGACUUCUCUUUUGCAUCAGCAUGGAAUCCUGAUGGCCAGACAUUUGCCACUGGUAACCAGGACAAGACCUGCCGCAUCUGGGACAUCAGAAAUCUCUCCAAGUCUGUCUCUGUGUUGAGGGGCAAUCUUGGUGCCAUCCGAUCAAUUCGCUUCACAUCUGAUGGUCGAUUUAUGGCGAUGGCUGAACCUGCCGAUUUUGUUCAUAUCUUUGAUGUUAGAAAUGGGUAUAACAAGCGACAGGAACUUGACUUCUUUGGUGAGAUCUCAGGCAUGUCGUUCAGCCCAGAUACAGAAGCUCUGUUUGUCGGGGUGUGGGACAGAACCUAUGGAAGUCUCUUACAGUAUAGUCGCCUACGGAAUUACUCCUACUUUGAUUCACUAUUGUAGCCAUGUAUAACCAGGGUUAUUACUUGUUUCAUGUAUGCAUGUACUCGGAUCUGUAUAACCGGGGUGAUCUUGUCGCAGCUUCUUGUUGUUGUUGUUGUCGUCAUCAUUGUCGUAUUCAGAUCUGUAUGUGGAACAAAGGGAAGAGGGAAUAGAAGAAAGAGUGCAAAGGGGAUGAAAGACAAAACUCAGAUGUAGCUCCUUUUUUUAGAGAUUUGAUAUUAACAGGGAAACUAUAAGUGUAUCUGCUGUUUAUUCACUGUUAAAAUGUAUAAAGACAUGUACAGAUGCAGGACUAGUAAGUUGAAAGAAAUUAAAAUUACUUCCUGCUGUGCUCUUCUGGUCAGCUGUCUCCAUAAAGUUGGAGUUGAUUCUGAUGUAAUCAUAAUCCUCAUUGUCAUUCUUGUA